AUGCCCCUCCAGAAUCUCCCGCAGGCCUGGCGCCGGCUCGUCUUUUUCGCGCCAGCGUUUGUCGUCACCUUGGUUCUCGCGGCUGGAAUUUACAAUGGCUCAAUUCCGAAGCCGUCACUGCCUACAGUAGUAUUCGACGAUCCUUCAGCGGGUCCUUUCCAUCAAAAGUGUGGGGACGAGCCGCCGACCCUGGACAACCUCCCCGACGUGAUCCGCGCGUUGUGGGCGCCCCUUGUCGUGCCGAUCACGGCUCCGGUCUUCACGACAAUCGACGGCGAGAAGAAGCGGCUGCCGCCGUCUGCCGAGCUGAUCCACACUGAACCGCUCGGGAAACGUGUUUGCAUCCUCGAUCUCGACAACCGAGAGUUUGCCGAUCAUGGCGACGUCUUUUCUUACCGGCUCCCCGCCUGGGACAAUCUAAGGGGCCCGGCCGCCGGUUUCCUGAGCCACUACCUGUAUGCCAUGAUUCACGGUUACUCGUAUAAAUUCGUCCGCGCUCCUAAAUACCCCGACCGCGCCCCUCACUGGUCCAAGGUCGUCUUCACCAAAGAGAUGCUCAAGCAGUACGAUGUGGUCGUCAUGAUGGACGCGGAUGCCAUGUUUUCGACACCCCAAGUGCCGCUGGAGUGGUUGCUGAACUACUGGAAGAUCGGGCCUGAAGCCCUGGUCGCCAUGCCCGAGGACCCUCUAGACCACCCGAAUUACGAUGUCCGACAGAGGGUCAACGUCAACUCUGGUUUCAUUAUUGCGCAGGCCGGUGAAAAGACGCAACGUCUGUUCAAAGACUGGGCCGAAUGCCCGUCUGAGACACGGUACCCGGGCUGCGCCGUCUGGAAGAAACGCCCGUUUCACGAGCAGUCGGCCUUCAGCUCGCACGUUCGCUACGACUUCCUCGACGGCUACAGUAUCGAUUCCCACCCUCAGUACAUCCGCACCAUCCCAUGCACCGAGGCCAACGGCUACCCUAAAGUUGCCGGAAGCGGCUGUGUCGGCCAGUUUGUCCGCCACUACUGGGCCGACAAAAACCUGACAAACCUCGAGUUUAACCACAAUGUCAUGGCCGCCUUGACGCCGCUCCUCGUGCAGGCUGCUUACAAGAAACCCGGCAUCGUUGAGGACUACCGGGGGAAAGUACUGGACGGCGCGCAGAUUCUCGACAAGCCGCAUCGCUGA